AUGGCGCAUCCUUCGGUAUCGUCAAUAAUUCAGCCAUCAAGCCAUCCUCGCCCCCGCUUCCGACGGAACUUCCUGAUCGCGAUAAUAUGCGCGUUGCCACUGGAGUACGACGCCGCUGUCCUUCUUAUCGACGAGUUCUGGGACCUGAAUGGCAAUCAAUACGGACGCGCGGAUGGAGAUAGGAACACAUAUAGGAAUGGGAGGAUCGGUGCGCACAAUGUUGUGCUCAUGUUGCUGCCCGCCAUGGGCACCGCAGCUGUUGCGGGGUCCGCAGCGAGCCUGCGCACAAGCUAUCCCGCACUUCAAAUUGCAUUCCUGGUGGGAAUUUGCGGAGGGUCACCUGGCAUACAAGCGGCCUUUUUGGGCGAUGUGGUCAUCAGCGACGGGGUGGUUCAAUAUCUCCUCGGUCGGCAAUAUCCUGAAGGCUUCGUGAUGAAGGGUAUCAGCGAGGGAAACGUGCAUGCGCCGAACAAGGAAAUCCGAGGUCUGAUUGCAUAUUUCAAAACCGAGGCCCGGGAGGAAGGAAUUAGAAGAUGGGAGUGCGCAUCAUCUCAAGGUCUUGCAGGAUGA